AUGUACACUCUGCUGUCUGGCCUCUACAAGUACAUGUUCCAGAGGGAUGAGUACUGCAUCCUGAUCCUUGGCUUGGACAAUGCUGGCAAAACUACCUUCCUUGAGCAAACGAAAACUCGCUUCAACAAGAGCUACAAAGGGAUGAGCUUGUCCAAGAUCACCACCACUGUUGGCUUGAACAUUGGAACUAUUGAUGUUGGCAAAACUCGCCUCAUGUUCUGGGAUCUGGGUGGCCAGGAGGAGCUCCAGGCUCUCUGGGACAAGUACUAUGCUGAGUCUCAUGGAGUGAUCUAUGUCAUCGACUCCACUGACGAGGAGAGGCUCUCAGAGUCCAAGAGAGCUUUUGAGAAGAUGAUCACCAGUGAGGCCCUGGAGGGAGUUCCCAUUCUGGUGUUGGCUAACAAGCAGGAUGUAGAGACUUGCCUGUCAAUCCCUGACAUCAAGACAGCCUUCAGUGACUGCAUUAUCAAAAUUGGGAAGAGAGACUGCCUGACCCAGGCCUGCUCUGCUCUGACUGGCAAGGGCGUGCACGAGGGCAUCGAGUGGAUGGUGAAGUGCGUGGUGAGGAACAUCCACCGCCCCCCCAGGAAGAAGGACAUCACCUAAGGACUGCCCCAGCCAAGCACUGGACACUCUCUUCCCACACACCUCUGUUCCCUCUGAGGAAGGGGGCCUGCUGGAUUCCUCUCACACCUGAUUCUUCCCUGAGCUUGGAGACAAACCUUCCUUUUUCUCUCUCUGAAACCCCCCAGGAGCCUUGGGCAGAGGCCUGCAGCAGGGCCGGGGGUGGCAGUCUCCUCCCUUGGCCUGGGGGCACAAAGGCAGUGCCAAGCCCCACCCUGGCAGGGGCACAGGACUUCCUUUUCUGCUGUGUUACUUUGUGGUCCUUGGGUUGUUGAUCUGAGAGGCUGGAGGCCAGUGCCACGAAGGGCCUCCUGAGGAGGCAGUGUGGGGGGAGAAGGAAGGGGAGAGCCUGGGCAGCGGCUGGCCCUCCUCACCCAGGGGAGACCUGUGGCUGCUCCAGCCCUGUGCCUGCUGCAGGUGCUGCUCCUGGCCCUGUUG